AUGCAAACAGGAACAUGGCUACCGGUGCUUAACAUUAGCAGUCUGUCGUAAACGAUACACUUCUGUUGGCCUGUCACCGUCUGUGACAAUAUAAUAUUUGCUGUGCCUCCGCCACAGAAGAAACGCGUUCGUAGAGUUUAUCGGCGGAGCUAGCAGACCCUCUGAAAACAGCGUCUUCGUUGUUCAUCAAUCACAGACAGUGUGGGUCAACAUGGCGAGUCCAAGGACCAGGAGAGUUCUGAAGGAAGUGAGAACCCAAGACGAGAAUAAUCUAUGUUUUGAGUGUGGGGCUUUUAACCCUCAAUGGGUAAGUGUGACCUAUGGGAUCUGGAUUUGUCUUGAAUGCUCUGGCAAGCACAGGGGCCUCGGUGUACAUCUCAGUUUUGUGCGCUCUGUCACCAUGGACAAGUGGAAAGAUAUUGAGCUUGAGAAGAUGAAAGCGGGUGGAAAUGGAAAAUUCCGCAUUUUUCUUGAACUCCAAGAUGAUUAUGAUCCCACCUGGAAUUUACAAGAGAAAUACAACAGCAAAGCUGCUGCACUCUUUAGAGACCAGGUUGUAACUUUAGCAGAGGGUAAGGAGUGGUCCAUUGAGACAUCCCCUGCCAGAAACUGGACUUCUCCUCAACCUAAGACCAGUCUUUCAUCCUCUCAUCGCUCUGGAGGACCUGGACAAAGCUCAGCGAAAUCUGGCGACAAAGCUUUUGAAGACUGGUUGAGUGAUGAUGUGAACUCAUAUCAGAGUGGAGGGGGCUACAGUGGGAAUCAAGAGAAUCGGUAUGUUGGCUUUGGCAACACAGUGACCCCAGAGAAGAAGGAAGAUGACUUCAUCAACAAUGCCAUGUCUUCUAUUUAUUCAGGUUGGAGCAGUUUCACAGUUGGAGCUAGCAAGUUUGCUUCUAUUGCUAAAGAUAAUACAUCUAAACUGGCAAACCAAGCAACCUUGAAGGCCACAGAGUUAGGACAGACAUUAAAUGAGAAUGUUAUCAAACCCACCCAAGAAAAGGUCAAAGAUGGCAAAUUGCUAGAUGAAAUGGCAGUCGGCAUCACUGGGCUGGCAAACAAGGUUCAGGGAGCUGGUUCAAAAUUGACUAAUCUCUUCUCGGGAAAACCGGAGGAUGGGUCUUCUGGAGAGAGCUACCAGAACAUGGAUGCCUCUGAGGGAUAUCAGGGCAGCUCAAGCCAGCCUGUUGCAAAGGACUUCUGGGAAACCUUUGGCAGCAACAACUCCUUAAAGGCCAAGAAAUCUCCCAGCAGUGACAGCUGGACCAUCGCAGACAAUUCUGCAAAGAAGAGCUCUGACAGUUGGGACAAUUGGGGCUCCGAAGCAGCGUCCAACAACAAACACAGCACAGAGGAGAGCUGGGAAGCCUGGGACAACAACUGGGAGAACGCAGAUGGUAAGACAAAGAAGAGUCCCACAAAACCUGCUGAGGAAACCUGGGAUAAUGCAGACUGGUAGGGACCUCACAACUAUACAACUCCUCACAUUUUUCCCACUCUGGCCUUCAUUUCUCUCUUUCUCUGUUCAUCUCACUGGCACUUUUAGGGAAAGAGCUGCCUCAGCGUAAUUCCUGUCAAUCCAUUCAAAAUAUAUUUAUUAUGAACCCAACAAACAAUAAAUGAAGCCUAGCGUUAAAUUGAGCUCAUUAUCAAAGGAAUAUUCUUAAAAUGUACAACUAUACUGACUUGCAGCCAUGUAUUUUAUUGUAAAUUACCUUCAUCACAAGGAAUUAAGAAAGAAUCAGUGUAGAUAUGGUCAUGACUUUUUGCCUGUGCUCCCCAAGUGUUAUACCCUUAAUAGUGAAUAUGUCAGUGUUCAUACUGUAUGGGUUAAAUGAUUUUGGGUCUCAAUUCACCACAUAAAGAAACAAUGCAUGACAGAGAAAAUCUGACAUUGUAAAUAUAAAUCCUUGUAAAUACAGUACGAUUGACUAAA